AUGGCCUUCCAGAGCUGGGGUGCGGCAACUGAAAAGGACCUGUUGCCCCAGGUCCGGAGAUUGGUCCUGAAGAGUUGUUGCAUCCACAGACCUGAGGCAUCGGGUGGGGGUGUUACAGACGAGGAGAUUGGAGAGGUGAAAUGGGGUCAGAUUAUUUAUGACUUUUUAGAUGAUCCCCAGAUCACCAGCCAUAGGUUCAGUACCCAGCUACCUGAUAAGACCACAGAUGGGACAGGGGUUGUGACAGCUCAGCAUAAGGACAACCGCACAAGCACAGGGGACAUCCCUGCUGAUUUAAGGGCCACCGAUAGCCCAAACUUUCUGGUGUCAAGUCUUCCGGCCCACUGGCGUUGCAAUAAGAUCUUGCCACAUGCCUUUACGGUUGUUGCCCUGGGUGAUGUAUGUGAUGGCGUUUUAGUAACGGUGAUGGCAGGAAAUGAUGAAAACUGUUCAGCAGAGCUACGGAAUGCAACCGCUUUGAUGACCUCACGCACAGCACGCUUCAACGACCUCCGAUUUGUAGGACGCAGCGGAAGAGGUAAAAGCUUUACUCUGACCAUUACCGUGUUCACCAGUCCUCCUCAGGUGGCUACAUACCACAGAGCUAUCAAAGUUACAGUAGAUGGACCGAGAGAGCCGCGCUGUCAGAAGCUAAAGUCAAAGGCAGUACACUUCAGGGUUAACUUGCCGAUGGAGAAUCUCCGCCCCCUCAACAUCAUAAAUCCCCCAACAAGAGAUGUGUGUGAUCUGGCAGUUGGGUUUGAUCGCCCAUUCCCCCAACUCUCGUCAUUUGCCUCAACUUCCAGAAUGCAUUUUCCCUCUUUACCCUACUCUGUCACCCCUCCUCCUUCCCCUUACCUCCCUCACCACUUCCCCAAUCAACCCCCCAAUUCCCACAGUGGACUCUUCCAGCCAAGCAGCAGCCCCAUUGUGCAGUAUGGAGCCCCUGCUGGGACCAGUAACUAUGUCUCACUGCCAGAGGGGAACAGGACAAACCACUUUACCUCAGGACCAGGGGGAGACCAUGCACUCAUAGCCGGGCUGGCAAAUCAAACAGAGGGUAGGGGGGAGGAGCCUGUGUGGAGGCCUUAUUGA